CUUGGACAGCACAAAUCACUAUCAAUAUAUACAAGCUCUCAUCACAAUAAAAACAGAGCAAAAGCUAUAACACUAAUAUUAAUAAUGGAUGCAGAGCAAGUCCUACACAUGAAUGGUGGUGUUGGCCAAACUAGCUAUGCAAACAACUCUUCUCAUCAAAGAGUGGCGAUAUCAACUGCGAGAGAGACACUAGAAAGUACUAUAAAACAAGUUUAUGGUACUAAUAAAAUGUUACCAGAAUGUUUGAUGAUGGCAGACUUGGGUUGCUCGUCCGGCCCUAACACACUAACUGUGGUGUCUUACAUUUUAGACAUCAUUGAAGCCAUUUGCCAAUCCUUGAAGAUCAACUCACCCACUUUCCAAGUUUUUCUCAACGAUCUUUUCGGGAACGAUUUCAAUGCCGUCUUUCAAUCUCUUUCGAGUUUCUAUGAUAAGCUUAAGAAUGAAAAGGGCGAUAAGUUUGGGCCAUGCUUCAUCGCGGCUAUGCCAGGGAGUUUUUAUGGAAGACUUUUUCCGAACAAUUCCAUUCAUAUUGUUCACUCUUCUUACAGUUUGCAUUGGUUGUCAAAGGUUCCAAGUGGGUUAGUAGAUGAUGAAACUGGAGAAGCCUAUAACAAAGGAAAUAUUCACAUUUCGAAGACAAGUCCUCCUUUGGUGUUGAAAGCAUAUUUGGAUCAGUUUCAAAAGGAUUUCACAAAUUUCUUAAGAUGUCGUUCAGAGGAAAUAGUGAGUGGUGGUAUCAUGAUAUUAACAAUUAUUGGUAAUAUUCAAAGUGAUUAUUCUGCUAAUUGGGAAAUACUUGAAACAGUACUCAAUGAAAUGGUCAAGGAGAAUAUAAUUGAAGCAAAAUGUGUGGAUAAUUUCAACAUGCCAUCAUAUUUUCCUAGUGCAAAGGAAGUCAAAAGUGUGAUUGAAAAAGAAGGAUCUUUCUCUUUACAAAAGCUUAAUACUUUCGAAACAGCAGCAGAUGCAGGCUUCACUAGUGAACAUGAUGAUACUACUUUAAAUUUUGAAGCUGAAGAAAGCAACAAUAAUAAUAAUAAUUAUAAAAGAGGGAAAUAUGUUUCAGAUUACAUAAGAGCAGUUACAGAGCCUAUUUUGGUGAAACAAUUUGGAGAAACAAUAAUGGAUGAAUUAUUUGAGAGACUUGCUUAUAAGGUUAUUGAGUGUGCCAAUGACAAGUACUUGAACUUGGUUAUUUCCCUCACAAAGAAUUACUCAUAAAUGAAUCAUGUCCAAAAAUAAUCUAGUUUCAUUUUGGAGAACUAGUUACACAAGAAUAAAUUGUUUCAUGUACUACUUUGAUUUAAUAUAAUUUACUUAGAAUUUAAUUACCCUGCA